UCCGAUGAUGGCUCUCCGUUACUGGGGUCUGUAAAAAAAAAAAAAAAAAAGACCAGGGCGGGCAUCUUGCGCUCGCGCGCCGCGUCCCUUCCUCUCGAGCCUUUUGUGUUUGAAAGUCUCAUAUCUCACAUAUCAAUAAUUCAAGCGCGCGCGAGAGAGAGCAGACGGAGCUCCCCCCCCGCGCGCUAUGAGUGCAGCUGCCUCGUCAGUCGUCCAGGGCCCCUCCGCACCGCGCGCGACUCUCGCUUAUUGUGUUUCCAAGUGACAGAGAAGCUGCUGAGAAGUGAGAAAAGAGGGGGAGAACAGGUGAAAACUGGCGAGUCGACCACAGACACGAGGGUAAUAAACUAAUUUUCGACAAAAGGAGAGAAGCUUAAAAAAUAAACCGUCUUGGUUUUCCUUUCAAGAGACUCCGCAAGGGAGAAAGUGUUUGCUGCAGGCCAGUUAGAUCCCCAAAACGGAGUGGCAUAUAGUUGUUAAAAAAACAAAAACAAAAACGUCUCGUUAAGGUUCAUCGAAGGAACACCGGGAAACUCUUGCUACGUUACUUUUUAAAAGGGGAGUAGACCUGCUGUUUAAGGGGUGAAGACGACCGAAGAAGUUCAUUGUUCCGGUCCGGUAUGUUGGCGUUUUGCCUGCUGAGUGCCGUGUGGCUCGCGGCGAGCCCGACCCGCGCUCAGAACGAGACGGAACCAAUCGUCCUGGAGGGCAAGUGCCUAGUGGUGUGCGACUCCAACCCGACCUCGGACCCCACGGGCACGGCGCUCGGGAUCUCGGUGCGCUCGGGCAGCGCCAAGGUAGCGUUCUCCGCAGUCCGGAACACGAACCAUGAGCCCUCCGAGAUGAGCAACCGGACCAUGGUCAUCUACUUCGACCGGGUUCUAGUAAACGUUGGAAAGAAUUUUGACGAGGAGAGAAGUAAUUUCAUCGCGCCACGCAAAGGGAUUUACAGUUUUAACUUCCAUGUCGUGAAAGUCUACAACCGCCAAACUAUACAGGUGAGCUUGAUGCACAACGGCUGGCCGGUGAUUUCGGCCUUUGCAGGUGACCAGGAUGUGACACGUGAGGCGGCUAGUAAUGGUGUUCUGAUCCAAAUGGAGAAGGGAGACCGGGCCUACCUCAAACUGGAGAGAGGAAACCUAAUGGGAGGAUGGAAAUACUCCACCUUCUCCGGCUUCCUGGUGUUCCCCAUGUAGAGGAAGAGGGAGAGGAAGAGGAAGAGGAGGAGGAGGAGGAGGAGCAGAGGGUGGAAACAAAGGAGGAGGAGUUUGUGGAAGAUGAAAAGUUUGACGAUGAGAAGGAAAAGGCAGAUGGAGGAAGAAGAAGAGCAAGAGGAAGAGAAAAUGACAUGAAAAAGUUGGAAAAGAAGAAAAAGAAAGAAGAGGAUAACAGACUAUGUUUGGGACGCUGCAGAGGGAGGAGGGAAGAGGAAGGAUGAGAGAUGUUAGAGAGAUGUAAGAACGAUAAAACAAGGGUGAAAAGAGAGAAGAAUUAUGAAACCAGUACAUAAAAAGUGUAUGGCCAGCUUCCUCGCUUCCCUUCCUCCUUUCAUCCAUCCUUUCCUCCCUCUGUUUUCUCUGUUGCUUGACUGCAGCUUUGGACAGCCAAAACUUUUUUUAUUCUCUGCUGAAAGACGCAAUUGAUCAUUUAUAUGUUCCAGAGUGUUCUAAAGCCUGAGUGUAACCUUCCCUCCCAUCCUUCAUGUUCAUUCAUUCAGUCAUUCAUUCAUUUAUCUCUGUCAACAUAAGCUUUGAAGAAUGUUUCUAGAAGAACUGCUUCCCACACCUCCCAUUUAUUUUGACCAUAUGUAUAUUCUUUUUUUUAUGCUCGACAUAAAUUGCACUGAUUUUGGAUCAUCCUCCACCCCAAAGCCAAACUAGAAUUUUUAUAGGGGAAACACUAAACUUUGAUCUAAAAUCAGGAGCUUGAGGCACAUUUACAUUCUGUGUAAAGCUGUAUUUUAUAGUUAUAAUAAUUAUUAGAUCUUGUAAAACUGUUCUUGAAAGACAUGUGUUUCUCCCCUCCUUUCCUUCCCAUUUCUUGUAGUCUCUGUUUCUUGAUCCUUGCUUUCAGAUGACUGUUUCUUUCAGCAACUAGCUAACACCACAACAUGCUCACCUGCUGUGGCAGUCACCCCUGGUGUGUGGCUGUGACUGAGAGCUGGAAAACUGGAUGCCUACAAAUGGAAAGCUCAGACAAGAGCAGAACUAACAUAAAUGCAACACAUAAACCAAAUAAUAUAUUGUUGUAAAAUAUCUCCUCCUUAUUUGCAACAAUAAGUACAUUUUGAUGGAAAGGUAAUGCUGCCCAAAAAGUCAUUAUAGUGGGGAAACAUCAAUCGACACCAAGUCACAAACUGUGGAUAUUUAACGUAACCCUGCAAUAUCUUCUCAUUGCAACUGAAGUAUUAAUAAACCAUUUUAUGCACUCAUAACUCUUGGCUAAAGUUAAGAAAAGAUCAUGGGUUUGCUAGCAAUAACAGGUUUUUUGGCCACUUGGGAGCAGUGGACACAAGUUGUGAACACAACAUUGGCACUGUUGCUUCUUGGCAAAGAAGCACUUGUUGCUUAUGUACUGGGGACGAGUAAGUACACUAUCAUCUGUAUGGGUUCAACCAACCACCAGUAAAUUGUUUGUAUCCAUAUCCAUAACGGAUGGGAAAAAUGUCAGUUUAAACCCGAAAAAUGAAGAGCCUGAAAUUGA